UAUCGACACAUACGAUAGGGGGCGCGAAAGUUGAAGUAGCUUAUGGGGCUUAUGGGCCUGGACCAAUGCGAUAUACCUCAUUCUACGAGAUUUUGACACGGCGAACAGGUGCUGAGACAGGCGAUUAGGUCUAACACGUUAGACACGAUAGUUGUGGGGACAGCGUCUUUUAGUGAUUCACAACCAAGGUUCGGAAUCAAAAGUUUGAGGUAAUAUUUGAUUAAGGAAAGAUCCUGUGAUCUUCUCGGCACGUUUGAUUGCCGAGAAAAUCAUUAUGUUCACUGCAAAUAAUGCGCAGAACGCCUCGUUCGGGUUCGGUGGAGCGCCGGCAAAUCAUAAUCCUAUGAAAGACUUCGAAGUCGUUUCACCGCCGGAUGACACGAUUGCAGGUUUGGCAUUUAGCCCAGCCUCCCUGACACAGAACUUCCUUGUCUCCGGAAGUUGGGACAACCAACUUCGAUGUUGGGAGGUGCAUCAGAAUGGGCAGAGUGUCCCCAAAGCACAACAAAGCCAUCAAGGUCCGGUCCUUGAUAUCGCUUGGUCCGACGACGGCUCCAAGGUAUUCUCGGCAUCGGCUGAUAAAACAGUGAAAAUGUGGGAUCUUAACGCUAACCAACUUGUGCAAGUAGCGGCACAUGAUAAUGCCGUCAAGACGGUUCACUGGAUCAAUGCUGGCAACUAUCAGUGCAUCAUGACUGGAAGUUGGGAUAAAACAGUAAAGUUCUGGGACACCCGUUCAUCAAGUCCCAUUAUGUCCAUUCAAAUGCAAGAACGUGUCUAUUGCGCUGAUGUCCUUUACCCAAUGGCCGUUGUGAGUACGGCCGGUAGAGGUAUCUUCAUGUACUCAUUAGAGAAUACGCCGCGCGAAUUGAAAUCAAUCGAGUCCCCCCUCAAAUAUCAACAUCGAUGCGUAUCGGUCUUUGUUGACAAGCAGAAGAACCAGCCUACAGGAUUCGGUCUCGGCUCUGUCGAAGGACGGGUUGCGAUUCAGUACGUACAGCCGGUGAACCCGAAAGAUAAUUUUACGUUUAAAUGUCAUCGAAGCAAUUCGACAAAUGCCAGCGGCUAUCAAGAUAUAUAUCCCGUAAAUGAUAUUGCAUUCCAUCCACAGCACGGCACAUUGGCUACGGUCGGCAGUGACGGCAAGUUUUCGUACUGGGACAAGGACGCUCGAACCAAGUUGAAAACAUCGGAACAAAUGGACAAUUCUAUUACGCGGUGUUGUUUUAACGCCCGCGGCGAGAUUUUCGCAUAUGCCGUUGGCUACGAUUGGUCUAAAGGACACGAGGCUGCUAAUCCGCAAAAGAAAAAUUACAUUUUCCUGCAUCCCUGUUUCGAAGAGCUAAAACCACGUUCAGCUAACAAGAAAUAGAAAAUAAAACUAGACUACCCUAUGCGGUUCUGGAUAAAUCGGAAUCCUUCAAUAGCUGCGUUUCUGUUGAAAAAGUAGCGUACGGCGUACAUGUGCUCCCACGUCAGACUCAACAAAGAUAUCGGUGGUAAAAUAUACCAAAAAAUAACAAAUCAUUUUAACGGGACAGGAUAGAGACAUAUAUGAAUAUUAUAUUAGGCCGAAGAAGAAAGCUAAAAUGGGGACGCAGGUCAGCUUGACACAUUUAUGGUGUUACUAAUGUACAGCUAGAAUAACUUUGUUCGAUUAAACGCAGGUGCUUGCGUUUUACCUAUGUAAACUAAAUAGACUGAUUGAUAAAUAUGCGCUUAUAAACGUAAGGAAUAAACUGUACUAUCAAUGCGCAAACAAAACUUUGCAGGAGUGUUCAGUUAUAAGUACAACAGUAAUAAACCAAGAUGAAGCUACUAACUGGGGAAAUUCGGUAGCGUGAACAAUGUAGUCAAGCAAAGAUAUCUCAAUUAUUAACAAAGGUGUCUGAGACCGCAUCGUAAGCAACGAAUGUAUGCGGCCGCUCGGACGGGUUCUUGGAUUGUGUUUGAUAGUUUCUACCUAUGGCCGAUAGCUACUGACUGAAUUUACAUGAGCAUGUUCUUAUGUCUAAUAUUCUUCAUUAAAAUGGAAGAUUUAGAGAAAUAGAAUCCCUUCAAUAAUCACGUCUUGAAUUAUACAUCCUAGAGAAAUGCAUUUUUAAGUAACAUGUCAAUCUAACUGGCUGUACAAUACAAGGUCAUCUAAUAAAACAUAAUGUAAAAUAAUCAUGUUAAUAUUAACACAAAAAACAAACAUAUGGAAAAAAUUGAGAAAUAUU